AAAUGCGAUGCGAGCGAGACUAGGGUUUACACUCUCCUCGAUCCGAAGCUAAAACGAAGCACUCUCCUCCGCCGCGGACCAGUCUGAUCGAUCAACAUCUCCAAGGUCGAGCGGGGGCGGAGCUCCUACGUUAUAUUCUAUAUCGCCGCUGUUUUUAUCUCCCUGUCGUGCUGAAGCUGAAUUUGCUCGAUGGAGGACCUACCAGAGGCUCUGAUGACAGAGAUUAUCAAGAAAAUCACUAGGACAAGUGAUCUGAAUUCUCUCUCCCUUGUGUCAAAGGAGCUCUACAAGACAGAGGGGAAUCAAAGGGGUGCUAUCCGUGUUGGUUCUGGUCUUUGCACUGCUACAGAAGCACUGACAUCAUUAUGUGCCCGGUUCCCAAAUUUGCGGAAAGUGGAAAUCGAUUACUCUGGUUGGAUACCUGGACAUGGUAAUCAGUUGGACAACAAAGGCCUCUUUGUGUUUUCAUCUCAAUGUUCCUCGUUGAUUGACCUCACCUUAAGCUUCUGCUCAUACAUCGAUGACUCUGGGCUUGGUUGUUUAGCUUAUUGCAAGACAUUGGUGUCUCUCCGGCUGAUCUCUGCACCACAAAUAACAUCAAUUGGGCUUUUUUCAGUUGCAGUUGGUUGCACGAGUCUUUCUGCUCUCCACCUUAUUGAUUGCGAGAAAAUCGGCAGCGUAGAGUGGUUGGAAUACCUUGGUAUGGAUGGGUCGUUGGAAGAGCUUGUAGUGAAGAAUUGCGAAGGAAUCAAUCAUCAUGACCUCCUAAAGUUUGGUUCAGGUUGGAUGAAGCUCCAGAAGUUUGAGUUUGAGAGGAAAAGAGGAAGAUUUGAUCGUCUUCCAGGUGAUAAGGUCUAUGACCCCUUGUACGAUGCUCACGGCAUGGAUAUAUAUGACUUCUGCUGCGAGAGUUUGAAGGAUUUAAGGUUGGCGCAUAUUGAAACUUGGCCAGAAAUAGGACUUCGUGUUGUCCUAGGUAAGUGUAAAGCAUUGGAGAACCUUUGCCUUCAGUAUGUCCGUGCCCUAAAUGACAAUGACAUGAUUGCAUUAUCCCGGAGCUGCAGCAACCUUAAAAGCAUCUCACUUUUGCUCAACCUUCAGCGCUACUAUAUUGAUGACGGCUAUUGUGAAACCAGGACGUCAUUUACUGAUAACUGCCUUUACGCUCUAGCCCAAAACUGUCGUAUGCUUCAGACCGUUGACCUCAAAUUUGAAGGAUGUUCUUCUGACUGGCCAUCAGAAAUAGGAUUCACACAGAAGGGUUUUCUGGCGCUUAUUCAGUCCUGCCCAAUUCGUGUUCUCGUGCUAAACACAGCCAACUUCUUGGAUGACGAGGGGAUGAAGGCCCUCUCAUCCUCACCACAUCUGGAGACACUUGAGCUUAUAUUUUGUUCUGCGGUAACUGAUGCUGGGAUGUUCUUCAUUGCGCACACCCUAUGCUUGAGAAAUCUCACGCUUGGGUGUGUCAUCAGGUGACUGAUGUUGGAGUGGCUGAACUGGGACGUGAACGUAAGUUAG